AUGACGCGUGCCUCCACUCUCUUCACCUCACCUUUGCCUACCCCGCCCACAGUGGCCAUCUUCGUCCCACCUCUCGGUGUGUUCCUCGAGGUUGGAUGUGGUGCCUCAUUCUGGAUCAACAUCCUGUUGACCAUUCUGGGUUACAUCCCCGGUAUCAUCCACGCCAUCUAUGUCAUCUUCAAAUUCUGA